ACGAUAUCUCUGUAAUAAAGAUGGUGCUAAUUUGUCUUCAGUUUUGUUUUCGCUACUUGUUGUGUCCUAUUAUUGGUUGCUUAAAUUUAUCGACCUAAAAUAAUAUUUUCCUUGUAGUAGAUGGAGAGAGUGGUAAAAGUAAACGACCAAUUAAUCUUGGUUAUUGUCGGUUGUGUUUUGCAAAUAGAUACUUGAUUUCAUGUCUUAGUAUAUAUGUGAUAAUCGUAUCUACAUUCGUUUCAUCAGAUUACCCUAACCUUUUAAUAGAUAUUUUAGGUUGAACAUGCUCAUUCAGUAGAGUAAGAAGCCCCUUAGCUCAUGUUUCUUGUCACUUGACAUGUAUUAAUGUCUUUCUCAAGACUGACACCAAAUUCUUAGUUUGAAGUACAGUGAGUUGAUUUGUGCUGUUCUGCAUUUCGAUUCGCAGGUCUUAUUGUUAUUUCACCCUCUAUGGUUCUCAUACUUGACAUUAGUUUUAUGCUCAUUGGCACUUUUGUUUAGAUUGUAUGGGUUUUUUGCUAUUAUUGUCUGAUAGUUUAGUGAUGAAGAUUGACAGCAGUCAAUUUUCGUUCCAUUUUUCAGUGCAGGUCGGGUUUCACUGCUCGAUAUUUUGUAAUAAAUUUUCUCAAGUGUGUGGUAAAAAGGAAUACUCAGAUAGUUUCGUGGUAUGUUUGUUGCCCGUGAUUUAAAUCAAAAAUGCAGUCAGUACGUGUUUGAUCAUUAAACACAAAUGGGGAGGCUAUUUUCGUUUGCACUUCAAUGGUCACUAUAAUAGACGCCUGAUAAUCUUUCCAUAUAAAACAUAUAUUACUUCUCUGGACCCUAGGAAAUUUAGACAUUUGUUUUCAAGAUUAGUAAGGGAUCCUGUUUCAUUUCUUGCUGUCAGGGUCGAUUAAUUGUUCAUAAUGUAUGGUCAGAAGCACCAAGGUGUCAUUACUUUAGUGGGAACCCUAAUUUUCAUCAGAAGCAUGCAUCAUCAGUUUUGUAAGAUAUCUGCAUUUCGUUUUCUAGACAAAUUUGUUUACUCCCAUGUACUUUGAAUUCUUUCAUGAAAAUCAUGUGAAUAAAUGAUCAAUGUUGGCAAAUAUUCGCACAUUCUGUACAUCUAAGCUGUAAAAAGUUCUGUGUAAAACAAGCAGACACACCAGUUGUUAAUAUUUUGGUUUAUUUAACACUAGGAUAUACAACAUUUCGAAGUGAUGUACUAGAGGCCAUGCGAUUGUCAGAUUUAGAGGCAAUAUUUUUGGGUGCUAACAGAUGUUUCAUUAUUCGUAUCACAAGCAAAUUCAUCUUAGAACUUAUUUAGCCGAUGAGUUAGUGUGUAAUCUACUAAAUAGUUUGUAGAGAAAAGUAUACCUGGUACUAAAUCCAUUGUGAUAUUUGCUUUCCUGAUUGAUUAUCUCUGUUUAGAUGGGUCAAACUACAGAAGUUACGAGUAAUGAUGACGAACUGUGGAAAACAGCAUCAGAAGCAGGAGAAAAGUUCAGUGCUUUGUACUAUCGUGCUUUUGACAAGCCGAACAGACCCGAUUUGCCUGGAUUUUUUAUGGAUAAUGUUGUUCUUCUAUGGAAUGGGAAUCGUGUGGAAGGUCAACAACUAGUGGUUGACUUCUUCUCUAAGCUUCCAGACAGUACAUGCACCUUGCACUCAUUAUCUUGUCAACCAGUACAUAAAAGCCUAAGUGGUGACCGAUUAUUGGUUUUGGUAAAUGUGUUUGGUACCAUUAAAUUUGAACAACAUCCUACUCACAUUUUCUCCGAAACAUUUUUCUUAACACAAGAAUCAAAUUUAUGGAGAGUACAGUCAGUCACAUUUCGCUUCAUUGACUAA